AUGGCCGAUCGACGUCAUUUGACAACUUUAGGCCAAUACUUGGAGACCUUGAUCGAAGAAAAGAUGUUUCCCGCAGACUCGAAGAUCUUGGAGACCUCGAUCAAAGAAAAGAUGAUGCUUCACUUGACGGAGAACAACCUGCUCAAUGCAGUUCAACAUGGAUUUUUCGGGAAACGAUCUUGUGACACCUGCCAGCUCUCUUUCUUUUAUUAUGUGCUACAAUCCAGAGACAGCGGUUUUGUCCUUUAUACCGUCUUUUUUGAUUUUACCAAGGCCUUUGAUCGGGCCGAUCAUAACCUCCUCCUUCUGAAACCGGCCUCUUUCGGCAUAGGUAGCAAGCCUCUGAAGUAA